CCUCCUGUCUCGCCGUCCCUUCACAUGACUGCUGCGUGUGACCUCCCUGCCUGCAUUCUGACUAUCUUCUCCUCACAAAUGGAACUCUUUCACCGGCGGCUUUACCGCACACAACCUCUACUUGCACACCGGAGUUGGCGAUGACGUGACAUGUUUUUCACCCGCCAUGUUUCGUCUGUGUUUUUAUUUUAUUUUUCCUAAGUUUGUAACUUGACGUGACGUCGAAGCUCUGACGUCAUCACCGGUGGCGGAGAACUGAUGAGUGCCAAAAAGGUCAUUUUGGACAAUGGCCGACUUUAUUCCGUCUGACUCAAAAGGGUGUCAUUAUUUUUUUCUAUACGAUGGAUCCAAGGUGAGAGGAGAAGGUGACCCGACUAAAGAAGGAAUAUGUUACUUCUAUCCUGAAGAGACGGCGGUGGACAAGCAGGAGCUGUUGUGCGGGCAGCUAGCAGGCGUGUGUCGCUGCAUUUCCGAGCUCUCCUUGUCUCGCACCCGCCUGGUGAGGCUGCGCCGCCAUAAGUUUGCCAUCCACAUGCAAGAUGAUUUCUUUUGGGCUCUGGGCUGCUCCAUGGACAUUCCCAGCGUCAGCAUCUGCCGGCUGCUGCACAAAGUCAUCAACCUCUUCUGCUUCUACAACGGCUGCGUACGCCAGAGCUACCAGCUCCACAGCCAUGAAAGACUGGCUUCCCAUUGGUCACAGUACCUCACACACCUGCUAGCAGGACCUUCUGAGCUCCACCGUCUUUUCAGCUCCAUGACCACCAUCGACUCCACCAACGUUGACCCACUUCUUCUGCUGAAGGCUGCCCUUAUUCUUCAGGCCUGCCAGCGCUGUCCCCUGGUGUUGGCAGGCUGUAUUCUGUUCAGAGGAAGAGUGGUGAGCACGCAGAUGUCUCCACAUCUAACCAUGAAGAUUAUGGUUCAUGAGAGUGAAACAUACAAGUCGCAGACAACCAAAGGUCAGAGUUCAAGCAGCUCAUUCAGUGAUGCGGUUAGUUCCAGGACCGUCUUCCUCACCAUGUUUGAACUUCAGUACCUGCAGUCCGUCCCCGUUGACAAACAACUAGGGUUCCACUCCACUCCAGUCAAAGAGCCCCUGUUACGUCCCAGGACUUCAUCAGACACUUCUGAGGGUCCUCACAAAGUAUCCUUCAGCCCUGGCUCGUCUGCAUCGGACGACUCCGUGUUCGGACAAGUUGCCUCGCAGACCAGCGCUGAGCCGCUCGGACCUCCUCUUCUCCACCGAGACGUCUCUGGCCGAGCUGAGGAGGAAGUUGUUGGAGGUUGUCCAGGCAGUGGCCAGCCCAGUGAAGGUGGCACAGGUGCGCAGGCAGCGCAGGUGUUCCAUACCGGCGGGACAGAGUUCCGCAAUGAUGGUGUUUGGGAGGCGGCGAGGGAGAGCUCUCUGGCUGCCGACACCCCUCUGAUCCCCAUGACGCUGUACCUGCACCGGGUGAAAGGCCUGGUCCUGGCGCUGCUGGUGGAGCCUCACUUCUUAUGUGACAAAGCCGCCAUGGAGGAAGUGUAUCACAGCUGCUUAGCCUCGCUGAAUGGACUGGAGGCACACCUCAGGACCGUCUCUCCAGGGGCCCCGGGCCCCGCAGGACCUUACGUCUUCGCCCACUUUGACCGCGCUCACAGCACGCUAAUGACCAACAUGUCUGCCGGAGCCGGGGGAGGCCCCGAGCGUCCUUUUGUCAGAGCCGCAUCGCUUCUCCACUCGCAUUUCUGUAGCACUGAAACUCUGCAGGAGACUAUUAUCAGGAACGCCAGCGCCGCCAUCUACGGGACCCGCGACGCCGCCCAGGAGACGUACUUCCUGCAGCACGGGGCCGCUCUGAGGAACUCGGGCAUCCCCAACCACCAGGACAGCGCCUUCUCGCUGCCGGCCAAGACACGGCACAGACUACUCAAGCACGGCGUCAACCUGCUCUGACGGGACAGCGCCACCUGGCACCCGAGGACAGGAUGUUCAAACACUUCCAGGACAGGAUGUCCAAACACUUCCAGGACAGGAUGUCCAAAUACUUCCAGGACAGGAUGUCCAAACACUUCCAGGACAGGAUGUCCAAACACUUCCAGGUCCGCAUGUCCAAACACUUCCAGGUCCGCAUGUCCAAACACUUCCAGGUCCGGAUGUCCAAACACUUCCAGGACAGGAUGUCCAAACACUUCCAGGACAGGAUGUCCAAACACUUCCAGGUCCGCAUGUCCAAACACUUCCAGGACAGGAUGUCCAAACACUUCCAGGACAGGAUGUCCAAACACUUCCAGGACAGGAUGUCCAAACACUUCCAGGACAGGAUGUCCAAACACUUCCAGGACAGGAUGUCCAAACACUUCCAGGUCAGGAUGUCCAAACACUUCCAGGUCCAGGAUGUCCAAACACUUCCAGGACAGGAUGUCCAAACACUUCCAGGUCCGGAUGUCCAAACACUUCCAGGUCCGGAUGUCCAAACACUUCCAGGUCCAGGAUGUCCAAACACUUCCAGGACAGGAUGUCCAAACACUUCCAGGUCCGGAUGUCCAAACACUUCCAGGUCCGGAUGUCCAAACACUUCCAGGUCCGGAUGUCCAAACACUUCCAGGUCCGCAUGUCCAAACACUUCCAGGUCCGGAUGUCCAAACACUUCCAGGUCCGCAUGUCCAAACACUUCCAGGACAGGAUGUCCAAACACUUCCAGGUCAGGAUGUCCAAACACUUCCAGGUCCAGGAUGUCCAAACACUUCCAGGACAGGAUGUCCAAACACUUCCAGGUCCGGAUGUCCAAACACUUCCAGGUCCGGAUGUCCAAACACUUCCAGGUCCGGAUGUCCAAACACUUCCAGGUCAGGAUGUCCAAACACUUCCAGGUCCGGAUGUCCAAACACUUCCAGGUCCGGAUGUCCAAACACUUCCAGGACAGGAUGUCCAAACACUUCCAGGUCCGGAUGUCCAAACACUUCCAGGUCAGGAUGUCCAAACACUUCCAGGUCCAGGAUGUCCAAACACUUCCAGGUCCGGAUGUCCAAACACUUCCAGGUCCGCAUGUCCAAACACUUCCAGGUCCGGAUGUCCAAACACUUCCAGGUCCGCAUGUCCAAACACUUCCAGGACAGGAUGUCCAAACACUUCCAGGUCCAGGAUGUCCAAACACUUCCAGGACAGGAUGUCCAAACACUUCCAGGUCCGGAUGUCCAAACACUUCCAGGUCCGGAUGUCCAAACACUUCCAGGUCCGGAUGUCCAAACACUUCCAGGUCAGGAUGUCCAAACACUUCCAGGUCCGGAUGUCCAAACACUUCCAGGUCCGGAUGUCCAAACACUUCCAGGUCCGCAUGUCCAAACACUUCCAGGACAGGAUGUCCAAACACUUCCAGGUCCGGAUGUCCAAACACUUCCAGGACAGGAUGUCCAAACACUUCCAGGUCCGGAUGUCCAAACACUUCCAGGUCCGGAUGUCCAAACACUUCCAGGUCCGGAUGUCCAAACACUUCCAGGUCAGGAUGUCCAAACACUUCCAGGUCCGGAUGUUCAAACACUUCCAGGUCCGGAUGUCCAAACACUUCCAGGUCCGCAUGUCCAAACACUUCCAGGUCCGGAUGUCCAAACACUUCCAGGACAGGAUGUCCAAACACUUCCAGGUCAGGAUGUCCAAACUUUUCGUCCCUAACACUUCUUUGCUUGCCUGGAAAGAAACACUCGACUACUAUUUACUGUUAGUUCCUCACAUUAGCUUAUUAGUAUUUAUUUAUUUAGGCGGGCCAUCCUUUGCGACACAUCCUCUAUUUCCAUUGUGUUGAAUGUUUUGAAAAUCUGCACAGUGGUCUAGUGGUUAGAGUGUCCGCCCUGACAUGGGUAGAUUGUGAGUUCAAACCCCGGCCAAGUCAUAGCAAAGACUAUAAAAAUGGGAGCCAUGACCUCCCUGCUUGCCAAUCAGCAUCAAGGCUUGGAAUUGGGGGUUAAAUCACAAAAAAUUAUUCCGGGGCGCAGCCACCACUGCUGCUCACUGCUCCCCUCACCUGCCAGGGGGUGAUGAAGGGUGAUGGGUCAAAUGCAGAGAAUAAUUUGGCCACACUAAGUGUGUGUGUGACAAUCAUUCCUACUUGAACUUUUUAAAAGUCAAAGCAAGCAAAGCAAUACAAAUAUUUUAUUUUGUAAAAAAAAAAAAAAGUUCCAAAAACAGACUUGUA